AUGCCGCCGGCGAUGGUAAGCUCCGGCACCGCCGCCGCCGCUGCCGCCGCCGCCGUCGUCUCGCCCCGUACGGCGCCAAAGCAGAAUCCUCCUCUCUGGAACCCUAGGUCCGGGGAAACCCUAGCGGGGAUCGCACCGUUUACGAUACCCUUCGCCUCAGAGGGGUUUUGGGUAGCCGCAGAUGCCAUGGAUCCCCAGAGCGUGGAGCGUGGAGCGCCUCCGCGUGGGAACCCGCGGGAGCCGAAUCUUGAAGGCGUCUUCUCGAUGCUGUUCCAGUCGCCGAACGUCGACAAGGCCCCGGUGGCAUCGUCUUCGGGUCUCUCGAGGCCCCGGAUGGUGAAGGUGAGGCGGCAUUUUCCAUUGUCCAGGGUGAGGCCGGGUCUGGUGGUUCCGGCUGACUUCGAAGGCGUUGGGGAGCAGGGGCUAAACCCGUUCCUGCGGGAUCCAUAUCCUGCUGCGGGUUUUUCUGGUCAAGUUUCUUUCGGGAUUAGUUGUUCGAGCUCUGACUCUGUGAGGACUGAGGGUGCAAACUUUGUGUUUGGGAAUAAUUCAAGUUGCUUUCAGAGAGAUGGUGCUGUUGCACCUGCGAGCGACGGUUUAUUCUCAUCUAGCAUCGAUCGUAAUACUGGUGGUUUUCAGCCUGGAACGACCGAGGGCGCGAAUUUUGUGUCUGCUGCUCGUCACACUACCGGUACCACCGACAGUUCAUAUUUGAAAGAUUGUACAUAUCGAGAUGUAGGGGGUGCCAGCUCGAAGUUUGAAACGGUAAGAGGCACUGCGGGUCAAUUCACAAGCAGCAAUGAAGAAUGCAUCCGUUCUACUGCAAAUGUUUUUAUGUUUGGAAGCAGUUCAGAGGAAAGUGCAACUUCUCAUCGAAGUGCAACUCGUGGAUUUGACAAAAGUGCUGUUGGGAAACUCCCAGAGGAGUUGCAGACGUUGAACAUUAAGUGCUCGGGGACUGCAGAUAAUAUACGGAAAUCAGAAGCUGGGGAUCAUAGUUUAGGUUCCAGAGACGGUGGUGCAUUUGUGUUUAGUAGUAGUAAAAAUGUAUCUGGUUCGUUUGGUGAACAUAACUGCACACAAGGUGCCUUCGUCUUCGGAAGCAGCUCAAGGAAGAACAGCAUUCCUGAUCUAAGUUCCUCUGGUGGCUCUGAUAGAAGCUCCGUAGAAAAGCUCCCAGAUUAUUUACGGGAAUUGAAGAUUAAAGAUUCAACCUUGAAAAACAUACCUGGGGAUACAGGGAGCGCCAACCUCAAGUUUUCAACUACUGGAAGCCAUGUUUCUGAGGGAAAGAUGAUUCCUGAUGACAGCACGUUCAAUUCUGAAGCAAUAAAAAGUCAUUUCUAUGUCAAAGAAAAUGUGGAAUCUGUGCUUCCUGAUGAAAUGAGGAAGUUGAAUAUUGAAGUGCCCAACAGUGUCAGUAGUUUGAGCGAAACACAAGGACCUUGCAAUAGUUCUCAAGUUGAUGAGAAGAAAACAUUCAUGUUUGGGUGUAAUAUGGGGAUCGGUUCUCAUGAGACUUCUGUAGAUAAGCCGCCUGAGGGGAUGGAAACAGUGAAUUCUUGGAAUAUUACCAUAGGUCAACCUGAAGAUAGUAAAGACGAAGGCAUCCCUAAGAGUACAAGUGGUUUUGCACUUAGAAACUUCUAUGAGAAGAGUGAAGAUCCUGGUCAAAGAGCUGCUGAUGGUUUUGAUGAGAGUGCUGGAGGAAAACUACCCGAAGAAAUUCAGAAAUUGAAUAUUAGGGACCCUGAGAAUGAUGAUACUAUAGGGAAAGCUAGUUUUGGAGACAGCAUUUUGGAGGCCAAUAGUGGAGGUUUUGUCUAUGCGUCUUCAAAAAGUGUUUCUGAUUCUUUUAGUGAAAAAGAUCGCACAGAAGGUGUCUUUGUGUUUGGAAGCAAGCCAAAGGGUUUUGAUCCUGAUUUAAGUGCUUCUGGUGUUUCUGCUAAAAGCUUUGGGUCCUACAAUACUGGUACUUUCGCUCCUGAAAGUAAUGGAAAUGUUUCUGGCUCUUAUGGUGGAACUAGCUUUGAAGAAUGUUUCACUUCUGAAAGCAGGACAAUGCCAGGUACAAGUUGUUCUGCUGGUGCUGUUGACAGCGACAAUAAUUCUUGGAAAACUAAAGCUAGUGGUCAUGUCUCGGGUAAAAGUUCUUUCACUAGUGGAACUGGAAAGUGUUUUUCUGCUUCCUCUGGUGAAAAUAAUUCCUCUUCUGGUGUUUUCGUGUUUGGGAGCUCUUCAAAUAGAAAUAAAGCUUAUGAUCAAAGCAGAUCUUUUUGGUUUGACCGAAGUGAUAGACUCCCAGAUGAAAUACAGAGGUUGAAUAUUGGGUGCUCUGGGGCAGAUGAUCACUAUGGAAAGGCUGAAGGGCGGGAUUUUGAGCCUUUGGUGGAUGAGAGUGGUGUUUUUGUUUCCAACUCUAGUAAAAACAAAUAUGCUGCAUUUGGCAGUGAUCGUUUCACUGGAAGUACAACUUCUUUAGGAUCAUCAUCACAUCCGUGCAAUCAGGACGCUAAUUCAGUUGCUGGUGCUUCUUAUCCCAUACCCGUAAUGGAGUCUUGUAAGCCAAAAACAGAGACAACUGCAUCAUCUUUUUCAGUAUCACUUGGCCCUAUUUUUCAAUCCUCUGGAUAUAAUUCAACCUUCACUGACUAUUGUGGGCAAGGAACACCACAUGUGAAUGAAUCAACAAACCAGGAUCCUUCUGUGGAUAGCUCUGUUGUAGCAUCUUUCCAAAAUAGCGCAUUUAGUGCAAAAAAAGGGUUAAGAAGCCAUACCAGGGUUCGGAAAAGGAGGGGGAAAUUGAAGGACUCUGCAACACUUUUUCAAAGAGGCGGUACAGGAGCGUUUUCAAGGGAAAAGAGUUCUCAAGAAAAACCUGAUCUGGAUUCUCAAGAAGGCUACUCACCCAUGGAUUUUUCCCCUUGCCAUCUUGAGAGUUCAGUUGGUGAUGAGUAUUCUAGAGAAGAUUCAGUAGCGUCAGAGGAGUCCACGCCCAGUGAUUCUUGUCACUUCUCAACUAACAUAAAAAAUUCAUUUUCCGCUUAUGGGUCAGCUGAAGAUUUAGCUAAUGCAACAAUGAAGUCCUCAAGCUCAGAAUUUGUGAAAGAAGCUGAUGGUGGAAGUGGGUUUCCUUUGGCUUCUGGUUCUAGUGGUUUCACUGACUCAAGUUUCACAUUUGCUGCAUCAUCUUCUACCCAAGGUUCCAUUUCGGCAUCGAAACAUAGUCACAGAAGGAAAUAUAGAACAAAAGUUGGACGGGAUGCUUAUGCCUCCAUCUCAGAUCCGAACGCUCAGCUAUUACCUAAUCUCAGUAGUUCUUCACACUUGGAUGACACAGGAGCCCAAACAGAAGUGCCAUCUGCUUUUCAGAGGAAGGGAUCAGAGACAAACAAAACAUCACAUGUCAAGCAGGAGGGCAUUUCCAUGGCUGCUUCGGCAACUACUGGUCAAGAAGCUUGUGAAAAAUGGCGACUUAUGUAACUUCUCUGUCUAGUCUUUCCUCUUUUUUUCUUGAAAGUUUGUGAAUCAUUAGUUUUCCUCUUGAUAUUAUCUCUUGGCGUGACUAUUUGAACUGUUAACAUUGUGGCUUGGAAAUAUCUUUGUUCAUUGGAAAUGUUGCUUCUGAAGUGCCAGUUCCUUUUAGUGUUGUAAUUGGUUCUAUUUUCUGUUGUUGAUCAGGGGAAACCAAGCUUAUGCAAAUGGCGAUCUGUGUAAAGCUGAGGAAUAUUACACACAGGGAGUGAAGUCUGUUUCUCCUAAUGAAACGUCUAGGGAUUGCAGCAAGACUUUAAUGCUCUGCUAUAGCAACCGUGCUGCUGCCCGGAUGUCUAUUGGAAGAAUUAGAGAAGCACUUUUUGACUGUAUGAUGGCCACUGACAUUGAUCCAGGUUUUCUUAGGGCUCAGCUUAGAGCUGCAAGGUUAGUUUCCAUGUCAGCUUCCUCGCAUUUGAGCUCCACAGUGAAAUGAAAAGCUUGUUAUUUUUCCCCCUUUAUUUUCCAUGUGGCUAGAUCUUGCCAUGGAUGUUGCUAUUGUGAUAUUAUGAUCCAGAGAUGGUUCAUUUUUCAUCUUAAACUUUCUCCUAAGUUAGAAAUAUUUAUCUUCACUUUUGAUAAUAGAAAUUUGUUUGAGUCAGCAUGCUUUUUAUUUACUUGUUAUGAUAGGUAUUGUUUUGAAGAACUAUGAACUGGGUUGAUGGGAAAUGAUCAUUUGGCUGACUGUCUGUGCAUUCUGAUUUGUAUUAGUAUCAUAGAUCAUUAUUCAAAAAUUGUUUUCGAACUCUAUUAAAGGAGAAAGUUAAUUACAUUGGGGCAUUGUAUGUGUGGAGGCCAUUAGAUAGGUAGUACUUGAUAAAGGCACCCGCUUGGCCGUAGUGCCUAUUAAUUAACCAUCAUAAUUACGUGUCGUGUUUGCUGUAUGGUGCACAAAUUUCAGCUUACCAUAGUUAUAUGUCGUCUCAAUACACUAUCCAAAUCCUACUCUUAUAUUUUCAGAAGCGCCUACCUCUUCCACAGCAUGUCAUUCAGAAGCAUCGUAUCUUUUCCCUUGACCUAGUUAAAUUGUUGGCUGUAAACCAAUGCCUUCUUACCUUGUAUCGGUGGGUGGGGGGUGGGGUGUAUCUCUUCAUGCCAUUUGAACCUUCUUUAAAAAUUCUCAUGUAUGACCUUCAUCAUGACCUGAUUUCAAUCAUGAGCAGCCCUGAUGAAAUCGUAUCAAAAUCCUUGUAGACUCUAUCCGAAAAAUCUACCCUACUCUCAUGUUUUUGUGAUGAGACUGUGGUGGUCCAUCUUUAUUGUUGAGGACUUUUGUUAUUUGAAAUUUCUUGUGGUAUUUCCUUUUGUAGAUUGGAAGGGGUAUCCAUGCCAUUUUCAUUAUCUUAAAUUGUCUAAAAUCCCAAUAGAGAUCCAUUUGUCUUCUGCCUGAUAAUUUUUUGUCUUUAUGCUUUAUUUAGAUCUUUAUCCUGGUAAAUGAAUUUCUACCACAAUAAUGUAUUUGCAUGACAAACAACUGACUUGUCUAGAAAUAUGCUUUGAUUUGAUGCCAUGUUCAUUUCAGUUGUCAUCUGUUACUUGGGGAGACUGAAGAAGCGUGCAAUCGUUUCAAGAAAUGCUUGCCAGGAGGAUGUGCUUCAUCUCUAGAUCAGAAAUUUGUUUUCGAAGCUUCUGACGGUCUGCAGAAGGUCAAGGUAUAACAUCUUUGAAGAAGUUCAAGAUAUAGCGAAACAUUCUAGAGGUUUUUCUCCUGUUAUGGUAAAAAUAGUCAUUGUAUUUUUCUAAUUUAGCGCAUGAAGCAAUUACAUAAUGCAUGACUAUAUGUGCAUCUAUUUUUUUAUUUUUCUUGAAACAUUUAUUGCAUUAUAAUAUUGCUUCUACUGUUCUUUUAUUGUGGAACUUGAAUUCAUUAAUGAGGAUAGCACAGGUGAUGCGUGGAUUCAUUUCAGGUACAUUUAUUUAUCUUUAUUUACCUGCCUUUAGUUGUUACUCGAGGCUAAAAAUUUUGAGAAAUGGUGAGAAUUCGAAUAAAUAUUAUUAACCUUGAUUGGUCAUUUGGAAUUGUUCAUUGUUCUUUAGAGCCUUGUAGCUAGGUACGAGAUCAUGGACUAGAUGUAGUUAUGGGGGAGGAUAGAAGGGAUGGAAAGGUGUGAGGAAGAAACGAUCGUGACAGGUGGAUCAUGUGCAAUGCAGAAUUGUUUUUUCUGAAGUAAUCGGUGCUGGAAAUGCCAUAAAAAGUAAUUCUCUCCUGUGGGUUUGAGGAUUUGUUGAACCUCUUUUUGAUUCCGGGUCAGUUCAUUAUCAUGUUUGUCCAAGGUGAAGUUAAACGAGUGAAAAUUGAUUGCAAAGCUCAUAUUAAGCUUUUAGAAGGUAAGCAUAGAUCAAGAGAACCACCUGAAAACCAUCAGAUACAUAAAGCUAUUGGGGAGUCCUUAGGAUUCUAUUAUUUCAAUUGAGGAAUGUCAUUGCUAGAAAUAUGAUUUACUAUGCUAAUGUUGUCUUGUAUGAUUUCCUUUCUGAUAAAGAUUAGUAAAAUUAUAUCUUUAUAUGAAUUUUGCGUUCUGCACUUUUCACAGUUUGAAUGUGGUUUCCUUGACAGCUAGUUGCAGAUUGCAUGGAGCGUGCUGCAUCACUUCUACAGAAAGGAACAACAGAUGAUGCUACAUUAGUAUUAAAAAUAAUUUCAGAUGCAUUGUCAUUGAGCCCAUAUUCAGAAAGCCUAAUUGAAAUAAAGGCAGAGGCUCUUUUGAUGGUAAGUUAGCCUGCACUGUUACUUACUUUCUUUAUGAAAUACUUUUAAAAGUGACCUUCCGAACAAAUUUUUAGUACUCCUUUGUGAUCGCUUUGCUCAUAUUUUUUGUUUUUUUGUUUUUUUUUUUGUUUUCAUCAAAUUAUAUGACAAUUUUAUCUUGACCUGGGUUUUAUUGUUCACAGCUGCGCCACUAUGGUGAGCUCAUUCAGCUCUUGGAUCAGACCCUAGACACUGCCGAAAAGAAUUCUACUAUACUUAGUACUAGUGAUCAGUUCAAAGAUUGGGAUUAUUCUAGAAGUAUUCCAACGCGUGCAAAGGCUUGGCGCUCAUACCUGAAGUCAAGAGCUUAUUUUUGUUUAGGAAGACUUGAGGAAGCUCUUGCCUUACUAAAAGGAAAUGAACAAGUGGAGGCCGUCACUGACAGGUAUUGCUGUCUGUAUCUCUAAUAUUGCGUACCAUUCUCCUUAUUUCUUUGGCAUCUCUUUUUUUUAUGAUCAACAACCGAGUGAAUAGCGAGUCAUUCAUAUUAUAGCAAAAACUUCUUAAACUGCAUCUGAUAAUUUUAACCCGCUAUGUCCAGGAGCAAGUCUGACUCAUGGGCGUUAUUGUCUGUCACUGUGAGUGAAUUACUACGUCUCAAAGUAAGUCCUCAAUUCAAGUUUUGUAUAUUCCUUUGCAAAAAAAAAUUACAUCCUGUGUGUUUGUAGUUAUCUUUAUGUUAUAAUCACGAGUGAAAGAUUUUUGCUAUAGGUAACCAUAUUAUUUAGUGAGUUUCCGAAAACUGUUAUAAAGUUCUGUGGCAUUUAUUGGUGCUGAAGCAUGGGUCUGCAUUUUCUUAAUUCUAAGUCAAGAAUGGCAUUUAGUUUCCUUGAUACAUAAAUCAGAAGGGUAUCAAUUAGUUAAAACGGAAGAAUAAUCUAGUCAUUAUUCAGUUUAUUGCAUUUUACUAUGCUUACUGUUUAGUAGCUGCUUACUCAUUUUCAUAGGAAACAUCUGAUAACUGUUACUGCUUGCUAUAGUUAUUUGGUGGCAUUUAAUUAUCUCUUUUAAAAGUAAGACUUGUCAUAUCAAUGGAUUAAAAAGGGUGUAUUCUGACCGGCACUAUACAGAUGUUUCUCUUCCAGUGGAAGCCAUCAGACAUCCAGUCAAAUGGACACUUGUGUCCCAUUUUCCUUUAUUUCAGUGCAAGUGGUAAAGCUUGUUACAAAUUUUCUGGUUUACAGGUUGCAUUUAAUGGGGACGUUGGGGAACCGAAUGGGUGAAUCCUAAUUAGCUUUUCUUUUGUUCCUUUAGUGAGGAUAUUAUGCUUUUGCAUUCAAGUUAUUUUUACAAAUAUAUUUUUAUCGUUUCUGCCAAGGGAGGCAGUAAAACCUGCGCAUAUUUGAUAAGCAUGACGAAAAGAAAUACACCGUUUGGAAAAAGAGAUUUUAGUGGGUGGGAAAGGCAGAAAUAGUGAGAUGUUGUCUGUAACAUGGGAGACAGUUAACUGUAAUCAUCAUUUAAGGAGUUUUGGGCUAGAUGAAAAAAGUAAGAUGACUUGAUUUCGAGACUCAAGACAUGGAAUGUAUUUUUUAUGAUGUAAGUCGCAUGGAUGAUGUUAUACUGAAUUUAAUAGAAAGAACCAAAUGGACUGGUAAACAUGUCCGUUAGGUUUUACAUUUGGUGUCCGUUCUUGUUUUAUUGCUCAGUGGGGAGCUGUCUUCCUGUGUCAUUGAUCUAACGAUGCUCUGACCGAAUUAUGGCACUCUAAUUUGGUCCUCUAUGAUACUCUGUACUUUUCAACUUUUCUUGAUUAUAAGCCGUCUUUCGUUUUUUAUUGAGUUCAUUAUUGCAUUUGGAAUGCCAUCUUCAUACUAAGAUAAGUGAAACCUCUACAGAUGCAAAAGAGAAAUCAAAUUCUCUUUAUCACGAAUAAACAUGGGAUUAGGUAUCUUGGGUGCAAUAGACUAAAGGAUGAAUACAAGGGGAACUAACAUUAUAGGUCUGGGAUGAAACACUCGGGUUUCAGGCCACCAAUGCCUGGCAUCACAUCAUCCACGUUAGAAUAAGCCGUGUAUACUUGAGAUUAAAAAACAUUGGUAGUUUCAGAUUUGCUGACUUCUUGGGUGUGCAUUUGCAACUGUUGGUAUAAGUGGUGUCGAAUUUUGAAGUGGAUUGAUGAAUGUUUUUUCUUGGAAUUCCUUGGAAUUCCUUGUCCUACAUAGACUUUCUGUUUCUCAUAUAUUUAAUUAUCAAAAGAGAUAAUUUUACAUGAUCGAAGGAGAGAAUACAUAUAGCUGUCGAAAGGAAAACAGAGAUCGAAAAGACUUAGGAAAUCUGAAGGGUGUGAAAUUUGAUUAGUUUGAUAGAAGGGACAUCUCCAAAGUAGAUGAUUCGCCUGGAGCUAUACGUGGAAAAAAACAAUAUAAUGCUAACUUAACAGGAUUCCCUUUCUUUGACGGAACAUCCGAAAUUUUUCUGAUCAGGUCUGUCUCUCAGAACCUGCGUCAGAUCGUGUUCCUUUCGUGGACCAGAUCUAGCAGAAUGCAUUGUAUGAAUUAGUGUGGGUAGAUAUGACGAUCCAGUGCUCCAUGCCUGAAACUGUAUGAAUAGGCGGAAUAGAGUUAUUUUUUGGCCAAAGGAGACCUGGUAAAAUGGAUGAAACUGGAAAAGGUUAAAUGUGGGUUAUCAACUUUAGAAUACAGAAUUCUAAUCAGUAAACAGAAGGCGUACAGGGAAUACUCUGAUAGUGGAUGCAUAAAAUUGAAGCAUAGAGACAAAGAACAGUGGCCGAAGGAAAGUGAUAAUGAUUCUACGUUUCAGACUGUAGUUGGUUUUCCAAAAUUGUUGUAAAGUUUUGGUAGUGUUAGACUCGUGACAGGUCACUGAUAAGAAAAAUAAAAAAACAUAUUUAUUUUUUUCAUCAUUACCUUUUUGUAGAAGGUAUAUAGGUUCCGAAGAUGGAAAUGACCUAUCAAUGUGGCCUUCAUAAUUUGCUGGAAAUAGAUUUAGAUCCUCUUUUAUGUUAGCAAAGGACACCGAUCUUAGUUAUUGCUGAAAGGCUUCAAGCAGAUCUUCUAGGAGUCAAUUAAGGAGUUGUUCUGGGCAGCCGUUCAAGGGUCUGAUGGAAAAAACUAUUGCCAAUGGGCUAUUCGCUGCUAUUCAUUCAGUUUGUGUUCUGAUGCUGUGGAACUGAAAGGUUUAAGGAAAAUUAGCCUUAUCUGUUGUGCUACCGAGUUUUACAUACAUGCUCAUGUAUGUGCGUAAGGUUGUGAUGUAACAGUUGAUCAUUUGUCACUUCAACAGUGAAGACAUUUAAUUUGUGAUUCUGAAACUUCAUUAGAAAAUUUGGUUUUCCACUGCAUUUCUACUGUCAGUAUCUAUGUUGAUGGGAACAUCAUAAGUUCUUUGGCAGAUCACCAGGACUGACACAGAGAUCCAAUGUCUCCCGUUCUAUCCGUUAGCGUGAAGAAAUGUCAUUUCUAUGUGGAGUAGAACCUUGAAAUUAUGGUUGGUUAAAGGGAUGGGAGCCGCAAGUGAUAAUAGGGGUGUACGUGAAUUUUCUAAUGGGAAAUGAAAUUUAUCCUUGUUUACAUUUAAAGGAAGCUGUUAGUGUCUCUUACUUGAAUCAGUUGGGCAACGGUUAAUCAUCUGUUUCCGGAUGCUUUUUUUGUAAACGGAUUGAGUGACUUGUGAACCUUAGUCAGAAGUUUUGUUUUGCUUCUGAAAGUAGCCAUAAAGGACUGCCUCCCUCCGUUAGACGUAAAAGCUUUAAAUGGAAUUUAAUAGACGGAUAAUGCCUGUUUCUUAACAGAAAAUAAGAAUCAGCCAAUACCCUCUUUGUUGGGUAUCUUGUCAUCAAUAUCAAUGGCAGACUUUCCAAAGGCUGUGUAGACAUGACGUGACGUCCUUGAGGUAAUCUAGAGUGAUAAUGCUGCAGGGUCAAGAUUUGGAAAGGGGAGAGUGAAUUUGCUUUUAUGUAUUAUGUAUUUGAUCAUUUAGAGGAAGAAAAUGUGAAAGGUUUGCGGUGUGAUUCACGAACUGACAUCAUAUAAUAGUCAGGUCUUAUUUCGAACAAGGCCUGAAAGCACCUGUAGUAUUGUAGGUGUUAAUCUAGCACCUGGGUGAUCAGACAUGGGUCGUUUGCGAGUACCAGGGUCCCAGCCUCCAAACGCAAUGUACUUGGUUGAGGCCCCAUACUAUGAUUUUUGUUUAGAAGAAGCUGACACUAUCUACAUAGGUUAACAUUGAAUUGUGUUUACUCUGCCUUGCAAAAAACUUCAUAAUUCUUUAUUUAGAUGCAUUAAUUUUUUUUCUAGUUUCUCUUUUUUGUACAUAGGGGCAAGAAGCUUAAAAGUUUUAAUGGUAAUGAGAAGCAUAGCAACAUUACUGCAUACUGCAAAUAAAAGUUUUUCAAAUUUUGAAUGUUCAUCUGUGUUGGAUCAUAUGUGCUUUUGUUGCAGGUUGCAGGGAAUACGGCUUUCAAGUCAGGGCAACAUUCAGAAGCCGUAGAACAUUAUACUGCUGCAUUGACAUAUAAUAUUGAAUCACGUCCUUUUGCGGCAGUAUGCUUUUGUAAUCGUGCUGCUGCUUAUCAGGCGUUAGGCCAAAUUACGGAAGCAAUAUCUGAUUGCAGUUUAGCAAUUGCUCUUGAUCCAAAUUAUCCUAAGGUUUGUUGUCUGGCUCUACUACCAUCUAUUGGGAGUGAGGGAGCAGUAAUAGAAAUUCGCAUCACACAAUUAAAAAUGUCGUUUUUUCAUACAAUGCUUUCAAGAUUUUCUUGGCCAUUAGUUUGUCAUAUUUAUCAAGAUUCCUGCUUGAAUAUUUCUGUAACUCUUUUCGGUCGCUUCAUGUUGCUGACAUAGAAUUCAAAUCACCCUUUUAAUGCAUAGACUGUUCUUAGAAAGAAAAAUUGGAUUGCUCAAGUAGAGAGAACGGGCUCAAACCAGUUAAGACCACGAACGAGUCUGGUUUCCCGAAUAGGAGAUCAAUAAAAUAAUUGUAGUAUAGGGAGCGCAACAAGAGACACUAAGAUCACUACGUAGUUCUAGAAAUGAGAGAAGCCGUUUUUCUAGUGAUUUUUUAUUUUUUACAUGCUUAAAUCUCUUGGCCAACUGCUUUAUCAUUGUUAACCUUCCUCCUGUUUCCUCUGCAAAUUAUAGGCAAUCUCUAGACGAGCAACCUUACAUGAGAUGAUAAGGGAUUAUGGCCAGGCUGCUGGUGAUCUGCACAGAUUAAUAUCUUUUCUUGAAAGAAAGCAGGAGGAUAGGCUUGGAGGUGGAAGACCCACAGUGGAUGAUCCAGAGUUGGUUCGUUUACGGCUUGCUAAAGUCGAGGAGAAGGCCAGGAAAGAAAUCCCACUGGACAUGUACAUGAUAUUGUAUGUCUCUCACAAGAACACUUUGGAUUGGCUAUUUCCAUCUCAAGCAAUUUUCAUGCCUUCAUUAUUUUGCAGCUUGGUUAUAUGCUUUGUUGAUGUUGUAGCAGCUAUAAUAUAAUAUUGUCCUGAUGAAGAACUGCCUUUAUGAUCUUACUCAAUGCUGCUGAUUUUUUAGUGCUUUAGACUGGUUUUUCUUGAUGAAAUAUUUCUUCUAUUUUUUGGAUCGCAUAAUUCCAAAUGCUGAUUUUCGUAGUUGCACGGUACCCAUUAAUCCUUGUUUUCAUUUAUAAGCAUCUGUUAUACAUUGUCUGCAUGAAGAUUUUAAUUCUUUGUGCUUGCAUAAUGGUCACAGUACUUAUUUAAGAACAUAAUCCUCAUUAUAUUCAUAUGCGGUGAAGUAGAGGUCUGACAGAAUUUAUGGAAGGAGGAUCAAUUUCUAAGUAGGUAGACUUUAAUGGAGCCAAUGCAAUGUGUGAAAGAUGAUCUUUUGUACGCAUGUACAAUCUUUCUUCGAGCAUUUUUUAACUCAUCUCUAGUGCUUGGAAUUGGAAGGAGCGGAGUGAAUAUGAUCAUUACUUCGAAGUUGGUCGUACCACCAAAUCUAGGAAAUCGUAGCUUUAGUCUAGGAUAUUUCAGGGAAUCAGUUUCAUGACCAAAAAUGGCAUUGCCCUACUUUACUGUCUUAUCAGUAGCGAUUUCAUCACGCAUUUGCCCUUAUUCCAUUUAGAAAAUAUCUAUCUAUCUAUUCUGCUUUGAGUAAUGUGGGUAUAUUUUACGCAGGGGAAUUGAAUCAUCAAGUGAUGCAGCAGAAAUCAAGAAGGCAUACCGCAAAGCUGCUCUGAGGCACCAUCCAGAUAAGGUUAUUUAUCUUGCCUGCACUUUUAUUUUAAAGCUGAGAAUUAGACUUCAUUUACCAGAGGUUAUGCGAUUUCAUUGAGCAGGCUUCUCAGCUCUUGGUAAGAAGUGAGAACACCGAUGAGAAGCUCUGGAAGGAAGUGGCCGAUGAGGUGCAUAGAGAUACUGACAGGCUGUUCAAGAUGAUUGGAGAGGCUUAUGCAGUCCUUUCGGACCCUUCAAAGGUAUGUAUGGGAUCUUUAUCAAAUCCUUUCUCGUAGUUUUCCACAUUGAUAGGCUGCUGUGGACACGUUUCUCUUGGAGGAGCAUGAAUUCAAUUCUCCACCUCGCCUUAAGCAGCUGAGUCAUACGUGCAAGCAAGCUUCGAUCUCCCCUCACAGUGAAGCUUAGUCUGUGUUUUAAAUUUUUAAAAUGAUGACGGGGGUUUUUCUUAUGAUGGUAAUGAAAUAUAUCUAUAUUUUUUUAUUGUUAUUCUCUCUCUCUCUCUCUCUCUCUCUCUCUCUCUCUCUAUGAAUGAUUCCAUCCGUCAACGCCAAUUGUCUUCAAAGGUUCUUACUAUACUAAAAAUGGAUUCUUCCAUUCUUCAAGGGGUGUUUGUUUUCCAUGGCAUCGAUGAAUUACUAUUUAAAAACUUGGUGAAAGUCCCCAGAGUUAUGUGUUUUCUUCCACGCAAAUAAUCCGCACAGUCAAGCUCAGCACCACGCAAAUCUGACGAUUAUUUUAUUUUAUUUUAUUUUAUUUAAAAAAAUCUUCUUCUGUGCAGCGCCUGCAGUACGACACAGAGGAGGAAAUAAGGACUUCUCUCAAGGGUAGUGGCGCCUCUACAACCCACCAGCAGCAGUACCAUACCCCUGGCCAUUACGAGAGAAGCAGCAGUCGGUGGCAUUCUGGGGAUCAUCCUUUCAAGUCGUAUGAAAGCUCCAGCCAGAGAUCCACGGGAUAUUACAGGACAAGGAGAUAUUAUUAACUGUGAGCUUUUAUUUAAGCACACAGGCGGGCCUGCCGUUAACCAUUCCAUUUCACUGUUCUUGAGCCUCAAUGGCUCUCGACUCACGGCCAGGUUGGCCACCGACGGCCAGGCGGGCCUGGGCAAACCUGGGCCAUGAGAUGAUUUCCUUGCGGGCUUCGGUGGUCAUGCCCAAUUUAGCAAAAAAGAGCACGUCGGCGCACCAGAGCCCAUUGAUGGAAUAUUAUAGAGAGAAGAUCAGGGCAACAGCCCACGAGAUUUUGGACAGUCCGAUGACCGGAGGAGAGACUACUUGUGAUUCUUUUCUUCUGAGGGAUGGAGUGACGGUGAACAUGCUGAGGAGCUGGUGUACAUGCUUUCUCUACCUGAUCUGCCUGUCUGAGUGA